AUGGCCCUCUCUCUUUCUCGAAUCCUGCUGGCAGGAUGGAGAACAAGAGUCAAUCCCCUGGGGAACCGUCGGUGCCUACAGCUCGGUGCUAGGGAUGAGAGGAGGAGGAGGAGGGGAGGCCGUUCAAUCGAGACAGACAGCCAGCAACACCCACACAGAAUAAACAAGGCAGCCGUUACGGAGUCGUUUAUCAUUGCCUCGCUACGGAGGAGUCCUUCAAAUCCUCUCUGUGCAACAUGCACGGCUAGCAAACGGCUGCUACGGCUGCUGAAGACCGUCACAGAAAUUGAUUGCUGGCUUGUGAGAGGCAUACUAUACUCACUUAGUCCCAUCGACGGCCAUGCAGGGCAGACGACGACCAACUUGGACUUUCAACUUCGACUUUUCUUCUCCUUGCUUUUUCCAGCUGAGCAGCUUAUAUUUGCUUCUUCCUCUUCUUCGUCUUUUUCCUCCCCUUGGGGACCCAGAAAUUGA